UUUCUUUGCAUUCAUCACGAAAAGCUCCAAAAUCUCUUUCAUUCGUUCAGAUUCACACUCUCUUCGGCGAGAAACUGUUAGAUCGUUCGUUACUUACUUGUGGUUCCGCCGCCGACUACAAAAUCGUACUAUUCUAGCUCUCGGAAAAUGAUCUGCCUAGUUCUCUCUGUCCUCAUCACGGCGACUGCGGAGUUCGGUGGGGAGGUAUUAGAGACGGAGCUCUGGUGCGUGGCGAAGAACAACGCUGAGGAUUCGGCACUUCAAUUCAAACGGCCGUUGACUGGGCUUGUGGGCCUGGAGGAGCUGCUUGCGGUGAGAUCCAGCAAGGCAGCUGUUAGAAUCCUAGUCAAGGAGCAUGCAAGUCUCCUUCAAGUUUCUGCAGAACAUUUAAGAAGUUGCACAUCUGAAAAUGUUCUCAUCCUCCAUAGGGCUUCGUUUUACUAAGCAUUUUAAUAGUUACACUCAUGCGGAUGCGCUUGCAAUCUCGUGGUGCAGUAAGAGACUGAGCAGUGGAAGUAUCGCGGAUGCCACUUCAACGCAGGCAACAAACUGCUGCACAAGAUUUCAGCGGAGCAAGGCGGAUGUUGAGCAGCUGCUCGUUGCCUUUUAUCAUUUUAGGCCACAUAAUGACUCAUCAUCUUUAGCUACCGCUUGGUGAUUGAAGGUAACCCUUUUGUUUUUUAAUCUCUCAACCCUUUCCUCAACCCUCAAUUUUAUGUAAACUAAAAUGGUUCUGCAUCUUUAACGGAUCCCUGGAAUGUAGCUCUCUACUGUCUUACCAUUGUCAAGAGUUAACUAGAAAGGCAUCAACGUUAGCUGUGUAUCAUCAUGAUGUAACUUUUGACUAACAUAUACAUGGUGUUCCAUUACACAAAACUAUCCAAAGAAGAAAAACAGAGAAUGGUUUAGUAAUAAAAGAAAGGAGAGUAUAGUAUAAUUUACCGGUUACGCAAACCUUUCCCUUUAUGCACAACCACCAUUUUCGAUCUCUCUUGAUUCUACACAAGAAGCGAUAAGGUGUUUGAAAACAAAAAAAAAAAAAGACGAAAGAAGCGAUGUUUUGACUUUUCUUCCUUAUUGUCCAAGUGCCAGGUGGCCUCUUUGACCAUCUGCUUCCACAACAAUCGAUCAUUUUCAGGUCAGCUUCCUUGCGUCAUAUGGAAUCUCAAGCUUUACAGUUCCUUUUAUACCAAUAUUGCUUUACAGAAAAACAAAUCCAAAGAAAAAUUUGACGAGGAUUCUGACUUUAAGGAGAAGGCACAACGGACUAUAUACGUCAAAGCUUUGGCUAAGAUUUGUGGAAUCAGCCGAACUGAGUCUACCAAGGUUAUUAUGUUCCUCCAAGUUGAGCUUGAAGAGAAGGCAGAAAGAAUUUACAAACCUUAUAUCCCCUUGCAUGGAAUUGGCUAUCAAUGGUUGAAGCAAUUGGUGGUGCUUGUGUUGUAAGUUGUAACCAUCCAAGACUUGGAGACCCCACUCAUGCUUGUCAAGAGAAAUGGUGGUGGUUUUUACCCAUUGCACAAGAUAUAGCUGCUCUUUGGUAUCCGCUUAAUGAAAAGAAAGCUGAGUGGGUUAUUUAUGUAGCAGAGGUGUUUUUUACUCUAAAUCAUGCUCUCAGAAAACCAGGAUGGCUUCCAGUUCCAGCCAAUGAUUUAAUUUACCCUAGAGCUAGCCAUGUUUGUUCCUUGGAGGAGAUGGCAAGCGGUUCAGAAAUCUGUGUGCGCUGUUACAGAAUCCUUGCGCAGCUAGAAGAUGAUGUAGUCCCUUGGGAAUCACAGAUGGGGAAUUGGAAAACAAAUUUGGAAGUAAUGGCAGUGAAGGAGGAACAGUACAUACAGCAGUACAAGAAGUAUGAGAUGGUACUCAAUCGUGUUGGCUACACUCCAGAGAUCAGCCACAGGAGAGCUGGUAGAAAUGGCAGAGCACCGGAAGGAAUUGGAGAAGAUGACAAAACCUGUACUUGAUACACUAAGAAGCUACCAGGAUUUAACUCCGGUAAUCUUCAUCUUUACUUGUCAAAGCCUUCAAACAGGACGAAGCUCUGGCUGCACUAGCAGCAAUCGAAGACAAGAAAAGACAGUUUGCAUCUGCGGAAAAGUAUGUAGAAGAAGUAUUACAAUCAGCCCUUGAGACAAGCGAUGAGUGAUCUUUAUAUAAAAAAACCGGAAAAUAUAUUCUGUUUUUAUUUAUUUUUUGGGGGUAUAUAAACGUGCAACUUGUGUGUUUGAGAGACUAUCCAUUGCUUUGUUUUUUACUCUCAUUGUUGUUUUGAUAUCUCAUUGCUGAGAAGAGUAAUCAUAAUAACUAAA